AUGGCCGACUCGACGGGAUCUGCGGCGCCUAAGCCAAGCAGCAGUGUAAAACUGGUGCUGCUGGGAGAAGCAGCUGUCGGAAAGUCCUCGCUCGUCAUGCGCUUCGUGAACAACGACUUCCAAGAGAACAAGGAACCCACAAUAGGCGCCGCCUUCCUAACCCAGAAAUGCAACCUCCCCACACGCACCAUAAAAUUCGAGAUCUGGGAUACCGCCGGCCAAGAGCGCUUUGCUUCGCUAGCACCGAUGUACUACCGCAACGCCCAAGCCGCGCUCGUCGUCUACGACAUCACGAAAGCGUCCUCGCUCACAAAAGCACAACACUGGGUCGCGGAGCUGCAGCGACAAGCCUCGCCAGGCAUCGUAAUCGCGCUCGUCGGCAACAAGCUCGAUCUCGUGAACGCUGGUGGGGCCGGCGAGAGCGAGGAUGAUACGGACGGCGUGCCGGACGAGGAGGGAGAUAGCGACGCGAGGAAGGUGCCGACAAAGACGGCGAAGGCUUAUGCGGAUGAGGAGAGCUUGCUCUUCUUCGAGACAAGUGCUAAGACGGGGCUGAAUGUUGCGGAGGUGUUUACGGCGAUCGCGAACGCGAUACCGGAGACACAGCUGAAGGGGCCGAGAGGGGUCGGUGGGCAAACGACGCUGGGAUCGGGAGGCCAGCAGCAAGAUGCGUCGAGAGUAAAUUUGGCCGGUGCUGGGACUGCGGGUGCCAAGGAGGGUUGCGCGUGCUGA